UGACUUAUGGAAGUGUCAGAGUGUCAACAACGGGCAGGCAGCAGCAGCACAGCGGCGCUGUCCGGAGCAGGGAGGGGGGAGUGUAGAGGCUGCAUUAAUGUCGGAACAUUUAUCUGAGAUGGGGGACGAUCGACCUUUUGUAUGCACUGCCCCUGGAUGUGGGCAGAGAUUCACCAAUGAAGACCACCUGUCAGUCCACAAACACAAGCAUGAAAUGACAUUAAAAUUUGGUCCCGCCAGAACAGACUCUGUUAUCAUUGCAGACCAGACCCCCACACCCACACGUUUCCUGAAGAACUGUGAGGAGGUUGGGCUUUUUAAUGAGCUGGCCAGUUCCUUUGAACAGGAGUUUUGCAAAGCACAGGAAGAUGAGCACAGGACAAAACACCCGGCUGCACCUUCACAAACACCAUCUGAAGUAAAAGAUGAGGAUGAGGGUCCUUUACAAGUGGAUUCUUCCCCUCCCGGAAGUCCAGAUUCAUCCUCCAGCAUGUCAGACAAUAGCGGAGACUCAAGGGUGAGAGUCAAGGAGAUUCUCACAAAACCCACCUCUGCCCCCACUCCAACCAUUGUGCGUCCAGGUUCUCUUCCACUUCACCUGAGUAAUGACUCACUACACCCAACUCUACCAUCUCCAACAUCUGUCAUCACGCAAGCUCCACCCUCCAACAGACAGCUAGGCUCCCCAACAAGUUCUUAUCCAUUGGUGAGGCACUUCCCUAAUGGGCAGACUGUACCUCUCCUCCCCAGUCCUGUGCAGAUGACCUCAGUUAUAUCUCUCGCGAGGACAGUGAACACAGUGCCUAACAUCCCUGGGAUACCAGGACCUCCACUUGGUGGCGCAAGCAGUGGUUCAUCCUCCCCCUCUGGGUAUAGUCUGCAUUCUGAAACCAAGAUGCGACUGAAGGCAGCUCUAACUCAUCAGGCUUCAGGAGCACAAGAUGGGGCUGGUGGGGGGGCAGGAUCCAUUCCUGCUGUCCCACAGCGGCAGGAACAGAGCCACCAGCCCACUCAGAACUCUGAUGCACCAUCACCUGCUCAACCACAGGUGUCGCCUGCCCAGCCAACAGGGGGCCGGCGGCGGCGAGCUUCAGAGAUGGAUCCUGACGAGAGGAGGCAGCGCUUUCUCGAGAGAAACCGAGCGGCUGCCUCCCGCUGCAGGCAGAAACGAAAGCUGUGGGUUAACUCUUUGGAGAAGAAGGCAGAGGAUCUUGCCAACAUGAAUGUCUCCCUAACGAAUGAAGUAACCCUACUAAGGAAUGAGGUGGCACAGCUGAAGCAGCUCCUUUUGGCCCACAAAGACUGCCCAGUCACUGUUAUGCAGAAGAAGGCAGCUUUCUUAGCUGCAGGAGGAGAGGAAACCUCCAGGGAUACUUCUACUGAACCCAUCAGCUCCCCGGCAGCAGUUAUCCAACACGGGCCGUCACCGCCUGCCUCGGCCCCCAGCCCAGGGGCCACCAUCAACGGGCUGAGCGUCCGCGCUGCAGAGGCUGUUGCUAUGUCGGUCCUGGCCGGCAUGGGAUCGGGCCAGCCGGGAGGGGUUGUCAUGGCGACGCAGUCACAGUCAGCUCCAAGAUGAUGUGCUGACGCACGUAGCCAGAAUGAACUCGAGUGGCAUUUGGAGGCCGGACUGGUGCAAAAUGUUUCAAAAGAGGGAUCUGCCCUCCCCUCUCACCCCAGACUAAGAUACUCUCCUCCCCUCACAGCCAAUGAUAAUCACACAAAGACACGGCACAGUGCCUCCGUCAGCCCUCCACCCCCAGCAGGCUCCCUGUUCAGAGAAACUUUGUCUUUCUAUGUAUGUAAAUAUGAAUAACACGUCGGACACUCACUCUGCAGGGUUUGGGGUAAUUUCUUGUUCAGUUAUGACAGUUGAAAAGGGUUUGAGAUUGGGAUGAAAUGUAUGAAUGAAAAAUCUCUACGUGAAAAUCAUCAUUUUAUUUUCGUUUCACUUAAAAAUGCAGCUUCAGGCCAAUUCUGUCCCACACGCUGGCUGUGAUGAGGUUGGUUGCUUCCCAGGCUGACAAUUUUACUGUAAGAUGUCUUGUAUUGUUCAUGUAAGAAAAGAUUUUUGUGCCUGAUACUGGGCAUUCACAUGUUUUGCUGAUGCAGUGAAAGUACAGUGAAAGUACAGUGAGAGAGUGGCGGGCUGAUUGCAGUAAAAGGCAGCCUGGAAAAUAUUUCUAUUGCUCUUUUUUUGUUUAUUUUUCACCUUGUCUGUUAGUUUUCCGCCUGUUUCCCUUUUCAGUUAAUUCUCCUUAAAUACCACAAUGGUUUAGUCAGCCAAGUGCAUAACAAACCAAAUUAUAGAUGUGUACACAGUUUACCCUGUGAAUGUCUGCCUGAUGUUUGUAGCAUUAGUUUAAAACCCAUUUGGAAUGGGUGCCAUUACAUUAAUCGUGUAUGUAUCAAACCCUACAGGCUGCAUGGAUUAUUCGAGGAUGAGGAAUACCACUGUUUGUAUGUGCUUCAUCGUACUAUCACUGGUUAUUGAUCUGCUUUACUUCUGUUUAUUUACAUCAAAUUAUUGAUGCAAAAAUUGUCCUUGUUAUGUAAGAAUUCCAUCCUCAGUCCUUGAAAUGGUUAGCUUUAGAAGGCCCUUAAAUGAUAAUCAAACCUAAUAGAUUUUAAAUCAUUUAUCCUGGCAUUUCAGUUGAGGAAAGAGUAGUGCAAUAUAUUUUUCUAUUAAAUAUCAAUGUUCUUGUAUUUAGCUGACGCGUGUAGCCCAGCCACCAAGAGAGGUUUGGUCUAUUUAAGUUGAAAGCUAAAGUUUCGAGGUGAGCAGAGAAAAUGUGAAGAUGAGUAUUCUUGAAUGAAUGAGAUUGGUGACAAGUGCACAUCUGUAGGGAACUACAGAUGUCCUAGACCUGGGUGCUUUCCAACAUUUGAAAAGCCGUCUUUUAUCAUGAAGUAGACUUCAUACUUGUGCAAGGUGCUUCUUUUGAAUUCAAAGUUUUGAAAUGCAGAUUGUUUUAUACCGCAUUGUACUUCCAAGAGGAUCAUAUUGCUUUUCCCCUUAUCACUGUAUUGUUUUUUUUUUAUAACAUGUCAUUGUUUCAAGAUGUUUAUUUUUCUCUGUGGGCAUGUUAGGCUUUUUUUUCCAUCGUGUGAUAAUAUGUUCCUGUAUUUUGUUUAAGAACAUAGAUGUCUUUUAUGCGUUUAACAGAGUUGAACCACAUGAAAAAUAUGUCUUGAAGAUAUCUGUAUGGGCGGUGUUUGUCAAAUACUCAGGCCUCAGGAUGGGAAAAAUAACUUGUGUAUAGUCUCAACUAAUGAAUAAGUUGUCUCGGGCAAAUAAUAAAAUAAAUUAAUGAAAAAGAAACGGUCAUCA